AUGUUCUACUGGUUCGAAUUCUCUAACCUAUUCAUAGUGACUUGGUUGGAGCUGGCGAACAUUGUACAGGCAGCCAAAGGGGGAACAUUCCAGGACGCUGUUGAGAUCUUCAGAAUGAUGCCUUGCGUUGGAUAUUUAUUACUUGCAAUGUCCAAAUCUUACAUGAUCGAAAUACAUCGUCCCGUGUACGAGAAUCUGGUGAGCGAGCUUCGUGACAUGUGGCCGAGGGGUGAAGUAUCUGAUGCCGAACAUCAAGUAAUCGGUACAGCUAUUAGGCAACUCAACUAUGUUACAAAAGGCUACUACUGGUGCAACAAUGCUCUUCUUGUGGUCUUCCUGUGUCCUCCAUUUGUUGACUUAGCGAAAAUGUGGAUGGGAUAUGAUGGCAAAUAUAUCUUGCCUUUCUUCUACUGGUUCCCCUUUGAUCCCUUUGAACAUGGUUACACAGUAAUUCUAGCGGCGCAAACUUGGCAUGGUUUAAUAACGAUAUGGUUCAUGUUAUCGGGUGAUCUUUUGUUCUGCAUAUUCCUGAGCCACAUAACAACCCAAUUUGAUCUGCUGUCAGUCAGGAUACAAAGACUAGUCUAUGUCGACGUAGACAAACAACUUGUAGAUACAUACCCACUUGGAGAAUACUGUAAGAACUAUGCAAACAAUCACAAACAUAUAGUAGACUCGUUCAGUGAUAACGAAUGGAGUGUUUUGCACAAGCAAGAGCUAAAUAAAAUAAUUUUGAGACACCAUGCAUUGAUAAGGCUUGCAGGUGAUGUAGAACAUAUGUUCAGCUUUGCUCUUCUAGUUAACUUCUUCAACAGUUCCAUCAUCAUAUGUUUCUGUGGAUUUUGUUGUGUCAUAGUGGAAAAGUGGAACGAACUCGUUUACAAGUCAUUCCUAACAACAGCGUUAUCACAAACAUGGCUUCUGUGUUGGUAUGGACAAAGGCUUUUAGAAUCUAGCGCACGAGUGUCAGACGCUCUGUACGAGUGUGGAUGGUAUAAAGCCGCCCAGAAUAUUAAGAGCUCUGUACUCAUCAUGUUGCAUAGGUCUCAAAAAGAUAUCCAUGUCACAACAUAUGGGUUUUCAGUUAUUUCACUGUCAAGUUAUACAACGAUCAUCAAAACUUCUUGGUCUUACUUCACUCUACUACUGAAUAUUUAUAAAAAUUAA